CCAAUUUUUUUGACCAAUUCACUGGAUUUCAUUUUAUGGAUUUUUGUCCAUCACUGGAAAGCGCUUUCUUCCGUUGUUGGGCAGAGGAUAUUUAUGUAGAUGAAUCGGUAAAGAAUUACAAUCUAAGAGAUUUGGUUAUCGAAUGUCAUUCUAAUUGUUUUUCGUGGGCAACACUACAAAGACUACUUUCCAAAUUUCCUAAUUUACAUCAUCUUAGGAUCAGAGGUAUCGGUGUAAUUAAAGACAGUAAAUUAGAAGAAUUGGUAAAAUUAUUACCUGAGUUGAAGAUAUUGGACUUACGGAAAUAUAAGAAUGUGAACCACAAAUCAGCUGAUUUUCUGUCCAAAUAUUGUAUCAAAGAGAAUCGAUCAAUUGUAAUUUAUCACAACUGCAAAAAUGAACCCACUGAAUGGCCUAAAUUGGUGAAUACUCGCGAACAAAUUGUCUACGGAUUCGAUUUCAUGAAACAUUGUUUCUACAAAAAAUUCAGUUGCCUUCCAGAUCUCAUUGAUGAAUAAAACGACCGACUUGAAAUAAUUUCUCAGCCACCAA